AUGGUUCAGGGUCCUGACGAAGAGAAGGGAGAUGUGCCUUCCUCGGUCAGUCAGCCAGCAAGGGAGGAAUCUCCACCCAGCUCGUCAAACAUCCUCGGUCGCUUCAAUGAGCGUCUCGUGUCAUUCAAAUUCUUCGAAUCCCGGGGUAUCGAGCGAGUGCAACUUCAUGAGCGCCAUGCUGUCGGAGCCGCCGACUACUUGCAGAUGACACUGCUGUGGUUUAGCACCAAUAUUACAGCGAAUAAUAUGGCCAUUGGCAUGCUGGGACCUCUGGGCUUUUCACUUGGUUUCGUCGACUCUGCUCUGUGCGCUACAUUUGGUGCGCUGCUUGGAGCUGCGGGGGUCGGAUACAUGGGGACUUUUGGGCCUGCUAGUGGGAACCGCACCAUGGUUGUCGCACGAUAUUUCAUGGGUUAUUAUCCUAGCAAAAUCGCCUGCUUGCUAAACAUCAUCAUCAUGCUUGGAUAUGGUAUGAUCGACUGCCUGGUCGGCGGACAGGUUUUGUCCGCUGUUGCCGGGGGCCGCAUGACGGUUGCUGUUGGUAUCGUUAUUAUAGCGCUCCUUACUUGGAUAGUCGUCAUGUGUGGUAUGGGGCUGUUUCAUAUUUACGAGAGGUGGGCUUGGAUCCCUCAACUCAUAGCUGCCUUUGUGUUGGUGGGCAGCGCAGGUCCAAAGUUCAACACUUCAAUCGUCUCCACAGGCUCAGCAGCGACGAUAGCCGGAAAUCGACUAUCCUUCUUUUCGCUAUGUUUGUCUGCCUCCGUUGCCUGGGCCCCAGCCGGCGCCGACUUCUUCGUCUACUUCCCGCCCACCACUUCUAAAUGGAAAACGUUCCUGAUGACCUUCCUAGGUGUCGGACUGGCGCUCACUUUUGCAAAUUUACUUGGUGUAGGACUCGCUUCAGGAACCACUACCCAUCCGUCGUGGAACGAGGCUUACGGAACAUCCUCCGGGGCCCUUGUCGUCGCAGGCUUCGAUGGCCUGGGUGGGUUCGGGAAAUUCCUCAGCGUCCUCGUCGCCCUUGGCCUCGUGGCCAAUAACAUUCCCGGAACCUAUGCUGCAUCGCUUGGUUUCCAGAUCAUGGGUCGUUAUCUUGCGUUGUUGCCGCGUUGGUUCUGGUCCUGUGUCGGCGUGGUUAUCUACACGGCGUGUGCACUAGGUGGGAGAAAUCAUCUCUAUGAGAUCUUUGAUAACUGGCUCUCGUUGAUGGGGUACUGGGUCACCAUCUACCUGACGAUCGCGUUGGAAGAACAUAUGAUCUUUCGCCGGAGUAGGGGUUUCAACUGGGACGCGUGGGCGGAUCCCUCCAAGUUGCCGAUCGGUCUUGCGGCCUUGGCUGCCUUUUUAGUCGGGUGGGCUGGGGCUAUCGUAUCUAUGGAUCAGGUUUGGUAUGUCGGGCCUAUUGCAAAGAUGGUGAGUGCCGACGGGUCGGAUUUGGGCAUCUGGGUUGGCGUAUCGUGGGCCAUGCUCGUAUUGCCGCCUCUUCGAUGGUGGGAACUUCGAACCUUCGAUCGUUGA